AUGGCUUCCAUCUCUGCUCUUCCUACAACUGACGCUCCUUCGGAUCAAUCGGAGAACCGUUUUUUCGAAGAUUUUGAUAAUUACAUUGAUUCGCUAAAAGAAAAAUUUCGAGAAAAACACGUAAUUAAAAAAAAUACUUAUGAUACUAUUAUGACCGUUUUGUCAUUGGAAAAAGGUAAGUCAUCGAGAUUAUUUACUCCUGCUUUUGCCUAUUGGGCACGAAAACAUUUCGAGAAAAACGAUGUGUGUAGUGUGAAUGUGUUGUAUUGCUUGUCGAGUAAAAAGCCUGUCUGUGUUUAUCAAGGCUUUUUUAACAUAAUCCAAGAAUGUCAUCACAAUGUCGCUCAUGGAGGUCGUGACAAAACUGUGGCGGAAGUUAAUUCUCAUUGGUCAUGCGUGCCGAAACGAGCCGUGGAAAUCUAUUUGAAACAUUGCAGUGCUUGUCAGUUGAGACAGCCUGUCAAACAGCCAACAGUAUCAAAACCCAUUAUUGCUCUUGGAUUUCUAACUCGAUUACAAGUCGAUCUCAUUGACUUUCGAACUCGUCCUGAUAAUGUUUCUCAAGAUAUGAAGUAUCAAUGGAUCCUUCAUGCCAUUGAUCACUUUUCCAAAUAUACUUUUCCCUAUCCACUCAAAACAAAGUCAGCCGUUGAAGUGGCACAACAUCUUCGUCAGCUAUUUUAUACCUUUGGUCCUCCUCGUCUUCUCCAUUCGGAUAAUGGAUCCGAGUUUAUUGCUGCCAUCGUAACCGAACUCAAGUCCUUGUUUCCGUCAAUGUCCUUCAUUCGAGGGCGCCCUCGCCACCCCCAAAGCCAGGGAGCAAUAGAGCGUGCCAAUGGUGUAUUAACAGACGCUUUGGGAAAAUGGAUGUUUAGCAACCAAACUGAUCAUUGGAGUGAAGGACUGAUGCCGGUGGUAUAUGGUAUUAAUACAAGAGUUUCUCAAACAACCAAAGUCACCGCUGAUGAAGUCGUUUUCGGCCAGAAAGCUCGAUGUGAUAGUGACUAUUGGUGUGUUGUUAAUGAACUGAAUUGUGUUGAAGAAGAUGAUCUACCAACACCAGUUGAAGUAGGAGAUGAUUACAAAGAUAAUAUGGACAAAGAUGUGAAUAAUGUUAUUGAAUCAUUGUUGGAUCUCUCAGAACAUGUGGCUCCUGCUCCUCCAUUACAUCUGCUAGACGCGUCAAUCUCUAUCAUUGAAACAGAACCUCAAGUGAAUCCUCCAUAUACUGCCGACGUCUCUGUUAAUCUUAUGUCAUUCACAUCACCCACAAAAAUACCUGUUCAAUCAUCAACAAAAGCUCUACCACGUAGUCCUGUCUUUAAUUUUUCUUCUUCCUCGUUGUUCAAUUCCAAAGAUGAUAAUGAAGAACAAGUUACAGAACCUAAAGAACAGAAAACUGGCUCACCUACACAUGACAACAAAUUAUUGAAUGAUUUGGACAAUCUUAUCAAUUUUGACGAUGAGCAGUUACCUCGAACUACUGCCGCACCUAUUGUCGUUUCUAAUCAGCCAACUGGUAUGUCUGCACCAUCAAGAUCAGUUCCCAUUACAUCCUCUCCAAAAUCUCCAAUUCAUCAUCCUCUGCUGUAUCAGAGGCAUCAAGACACAAAAGGAUACGAGAAACAGCCGAAAAGAAUUAUUUACAAACGGCCAACAAAAAACGAAUCAAAUACGACCAGCAUCUGA